AUGGCCGAAUAUCUUGCUUCUAUUUUUGGUACUGAAAAAGACAAAGUAAAUUGUUCAUUUUAUUUUAAAAUUGGUGCUUGUCGUCAUGGUGAACGAUGUUCUCGUGUUCAUAAUAAACCUACUUUCAGUCAAACAAUUCUUCUAAAAAAUCUUUAUUUAAAUCCAAAUAAUAACUCUAUUCCUAAACCAGAAGGUGGUUUUGAACAAUUUAGUGGGAAUACUUAUACAGACGAAGAAGUACAACAACAUUUUGAUGAAUUUUAUGAAGAAGUUUAUACAGAAGUUGAAGAUAAGUAUGGUGAAAUUGAAGCAAUGACUGUUUGUGACAAUCUUGGCGAACAUCUUGUAGGAAAUAUUUAUAUUAAAUUUCGUUAUGAACGAGAUGCUGAACGAGCUGUAGAAGAUCUUAAUACACGAUGGUUUGAUAGAAAACCAAUCUACGCAGAAUUAAGUCCUGUCACAGAUUUUAAAGAAGCUAGUUGUCGCCAGUAUGAAUUAGGCGAAUGUAUGAGAAGUGGUUUUUGUAACUUUAUGCACAUUAAAACAAUAUCACAAGAUGUUAAAAAACGUCUUCGUGGACGUCGAAAAAGAUCACGUUCACAUAGCCAUUCACCAUCAAGAAAAAAUCGUCGUCAUUGA